AUGCUCACGCUAACGAUAAAACGCGCUUUCAGGAUACUGGGAGUUCAGAAGACGAAAACCAUACACAUUUCCAUGUUGGUGGCCCUGGUUGGGGUCCUGGGGCUCACCAUACUGCUUGGCUCACUCUUCUCACCGCCCCGCACGGCGGUUGCGGCUCCCCACGCCGUGGGCAACGAGCCCUGGCUUGAGAUCAACUGCCUGGAGACGGUGGUCGAAGAAGGCGACGACUUCCGGCUCCUGGUCAACAAGAAGUUCCACUCCGAUGGGCCCCACGAGACCAUGCGCGUGUUCUGGUACACCGACUCGAUCACCGCCGACCGGUCGGACUACGAGCACCUCUACGCCGAGCGCCAGUCCAGCAACGGCUACCAGUCCAAGCACGGCAGGAUGGGCCGCAACUUCCACACCCUGGAAGACAACUAUCCCGAAGCCGAUGAGACCUUCAAGGUCCGGUUCAACAACUCCGUCGAUUACGGGCACGACGGCGAGUGUGUGAUCACCAUCACCGACGACGACGGCGUCGGCAUCUACGACCUCGAGAUAACAUCGUCACCGCAGCCCCUUCCCGCUGACGAUGGCAAGGAGCCGCAGGUCGGGUACGCCAUGGGCGACGUCAUCGAGAUCACCGCGCAUUUCACCGGCGACGUGACCACGUUCAACCCGGAUACCGGCCAACGCGCCGACUACGCCGGCAUCUACCUGCAGGUGGGAGAGAACCGGCGGUUCGCCGACGUGCGGCGGGGCGACGGCACGGACACCCUGGUGUUCGGAUACACCGUGCAGGCCGACGACGCGGACGCCGACGGUAUCAGCGUGGAGGGCGGCGGACCCGGUACCGGUCUCGGCUACAACCCGAACAACCGGGACGGCGGGAUCUGGAUCACCGAAACCGGCAGCAGCCGCAUCAACCGGCUAUUCCACGGACUGGACGACGACUCGGCGCAUCGCGUGUUCCAAGUCGAGGUCGAUGAGCCGACUAUCACGCCGCCGACGGACAACGAAGCUCCUCCACCGCCAGCGCUCCUUCCAUGGAUGGAAAACGCCCUUUUGAUUGACGACGGUUCCUUUCAUGUCGAACACGGUGAGCUCACCGCGGAGGACGGCGGCCGGGACUCGUUCAGUUUCACGGCCAUCUCCGGCGAAAAAUACAUCAUCGAGGUGGAAAGCAGGAUGGAGCUCCUGCAAGAGUCGGGCACACCGUAUGUCGAAGGGCACCUGGUUGAUCCGAGCAUCCUGGAAAUCGUGGAUGCAUAUGGAACGCAAGUCCUCGGCGAGCAGGAUCAAGGUGGGUUCAUCAACAAUUGGGGGCGGGGAUACUUCAACGUUCCAGAGGAUGGGUCCUACUACAUCGCGGUUGGGUCCGGUGCACAGGAUCGUGGCGGUUUCGGGCACUACACCAUCUCAGUGCGGCAAGAUGACCACGCCGACGAUUUUCGCACACACCCCGACGUAGUGGUCCGGCCGGGAGAGUCAAUCACCGCCAGUAUCAAUUCGGACGCAGCCCCGGGCGACGCGCAGCCGAAUGCCUGGGCUUGGGGGGAAACAAGCGAUUCCAACGCCGUACCGAGGUGGGGAAUCGAAUCGGCCGACGACAAGGACGUGUUCCCGCUUUGA